UUAUAACUGGCAACUGUUAUCUAUCUGUCAUGUCUGCAGUCUGCUAUUGAAAAACUACUUUCUCUUGUUAUGCUUUUCGAGUUUUGACUAAUACCCAAACAUAUUUACAGUUAGAAAAACUAAACUUACGUCGUGAUAGAUCGAAACCCGGAGUCAAGAACCUUAUUGUUGUGCGUAAAACGGAAUGAGAUUACAUCAUGAUUAUUAAGGAAAAAGUCAUACAAGCUCCAGAUUUCUGAAAAGAACAACAUGAAAUAUAAGCGGCUCGGAUUGAUUGUGGCUUUUUGCUUCGCUAGUUGGCUUGUCCUUGCCUUUGUCAUCUUUAAUGAAAAUGCAGUGAAAAAGAUUGAUGUUGAGACGAGAAAAGGUUCCCUGUUAAAAUACAUCCAAGAACUUGAAGUGCAAAUCAGCCAACAGGAAGAAACCUACAAACUACUUGUGGACAAACUAAAAAAAUUGACACCAAGGCCUGAAAAUGUUUUACAAGCCUUGGAGAUUAAAGAAUCUCCUCUUGAAAAACCCAAAGUUCCAUUUCCAGCCACAAAAAAAGAUGUUACACAAGACAUAAUUCUUCCUGUGCUCGUGUUUUCUUGCAAUCGCCCAGACAUUCGUCGUAGUUUAGAUGGUUUGCUCAAAUACAGACCAGAUGCCAAGAAAUUCCCUAUAAUAGUCAGCCAAGAUUGUGCUCAUGGUGCUACUGCCAAGGUCAUUCGCUCAUAUAGUGAUGCAUCACAAGUAACUUAUAUACAGCAACCUGACCAAAGCGAACCGAUUGUUCCGCCCGGAGAGGCAAAGUUCAAAGGCUACUUUAAAAUUGCACGGCAUUAUUUAUUUGGCUUGAGUCAGGUGUUUCGCACGUUCAACCAUACCGCCGUUAUAAUCGUCGAGGAUGAUUUAGACGUGGCCCCUGACUUUUUUUCAUAUUUCGCCUCAACAUACCAGUUAUUGAAGAAUGACCCUUCGUUGUGGUGUGUCUCUGCUUGGAAUGAUAAUGGCAAAGCAAGUUUAGUUGACGUCGACCAGGGAAGCAAACUUCUUUAUCGCAGUGAUUUUUUCCCGGGAUUAGGCUGGAUGAUCACGAAAGAAUUGUGGGAUGAGCUAGAACCAAAAUGGCCAAAAUCUUACUGGGAUGAUUGGAUGAGAAGACCAGAGCAGAGAAAAGAUCGUGCUUGUAUACGACCUGAAGUAUCACGCACAAGAACAUUUGGCAAAAUUGGAGUUAGCAAUGGUUUGUUCUUUGACAAACAUCUCAAAUACAUCAAACUCAACGAAAUACCAGUGGAUUUUUCCAAGGAAAAUAUGAGUCGUCUAACACAGUCUACUUACGACGCUGAUUAUAUCCGGAACGUGUACAGCCUUCCGCUGGUAUCAGCCCCAGACGUUCGCACCAAUGUAAAUUUGCCGUUCGACGGUCCAGUUCGAAUUACCUAUCACACCAAAGAUACCUUUAAAAGUGCUGCAAAACUUUUGGGACUGAUGGACGACUUUAAGAGUGGCGUCCCUCGAACAGGCUAUCACGGAAUCGUUUCCUUUUUCCUCAACGGUCGCAGAAUCUAUCUGGCUCCUCAUUCCAAUUGGAAAGGAUACGACCUAACUUGGAGUUGAUGUGCCAGUAAAUGAUGAAUUAGACAUAAUAAUGUUAAAAAAAAUACAGAUAAAUUUAUUGAUUAAGA